CGAGGCUCGAGCGCGGGCUGAGAGCGGGAAGGCGGUGGCUGCUGCGCGACGACAAGGCUAUUCCACGCACUCGAGCGCAGGCCGCUUUUUCUUUCCGGCCUCCAUUUCGCUCUACCCUUCCCCUCCCACCAUCCACACUAGUCAACAGUUAUGGCGUACCAGAAUGCAUAUGGUCAGCAGCAGUAUCCGCCGGCACAGUAUGACGACUACAACCCCUACGCUGCUGCUGCCGCGCAGCCGCACAGGACCUACGAUCAAGGAGGCUACAACUAUGACAGCGGAGGCUAUAAUCAGGGUGGCUACACCGACGACCCGUCUGGUGUAAACAAGGAGAGGGAUAGGAGUGUCUUUGAGCGGGAUGCGGAUGAGGCCUACUCUAACAAGCCCUCGGGUCCCAAGACUUCCAGGAACAUGCGGAGAUGGAGGCUUGAACACAGUGAAGGUCUCUGGACGCGAGGAGGGGCUUUGGCCACAUUCGGACGGCUCUUCUGCUGCACCAUUAUGAUUGCGGUCUUCCUCAUCAUCAGCAUCGUCUUGUCAUUGGUCCUGUGGGUCAGACCCCCGAGUAUUCUGAUUGGCACACCGUCCCUCAACAGUUCAUCACCGGUCUCGGUACAAAAUAGUGCCCUUGUCAUCGGACUCGACGUCAAUGCCAGCGUCCACAACCCCAACUACUUCUCUGUCGAGCUGACGGACUUGCAACUCGACCUGUUCUAUCCCAUUAACAACACGGCUGUGGGUGGUGGAUCGCUGAAGAACGUCGAUUUCAAGACGGACGAGACGACGAAUGUCACCUUCCCUCUCGACCUCAAGUACAACAUCACUGGCUCCUCCAGCACAAGUGUGCUUGUUGACCUGGCCAACAAGUGCGGAGUCAUCCCGGGGUCCUCGAAGUCCGACAUCACCAUUAACUACAAAGCGACGGUUGGCGUCCGCAUUCUGGCGGUGUCCGUGAAGCCCACCAUCAGUAACAGCUUCACCUUCGAAUGCCCGAUUGAUAGCAGUGAAUUGGAACAAUUGUUGGAGGAGGCGGGAAUCAGCCUCUCUGACCUCGGUUCAUUGCUGUGAUACCUUCGCCGUUGAGCUUGAUGGACUGAUGUCGUACAUUGUGGACUUUCGCAUAUGCCAUUGUUGUGUAUCUCGGACACGGACCUUGAACUGUAUCAUUGACUAUUUUUGCUUAACGCUAUGAUCAUUCGAAAACGAUAUUCU